AUGGGACCCCAUACUUCCGGGGUUGAUUCUCCCAAAAACCAUCGCGUAGGAGAACAUUAUGGUACACACAACCCGGUUCCCACCAUCCAAAAGUUCCUAGAGCACUUGGAAAAAGAUAAGCAGGACCGUAAAGCCCAUGAGGAGGCUGUCACUGCGAGGGAAAAGGAAGAAGAUGCCCGCGGAGAGGCGAAGCCUCAUAAGCCGCGGAAGAGACCUGGCAAAGGUAAAACCCGUAUGGUUACGGACCCGACAACUGGUCGCGAGAUAGAGGUUGAAGAUCAGGAUGCGGAUUCGAUGGAAGUGGUGAAGAAUCCCAAGCCCAAACUGACAGCUUAUGCAAAAAUAAAGGAUGUCAGGACCUCCCCAAGCCAAAGCCUCAAGGACUAUAAAGAAAACCAGGAUAUAACGGCACCCCCGGACCCCAUCGCAGAGGGUACUACUUCCGACGUCCCACUCCACGGAGAAAUCACGAAUGUCCUCUUUCAUCCAACCCCGUCCAUUUCCUACAAGCCUAUGUAUGACCAACUAGAGAAAAGAGGGACUGGACUAUGUAUAGGUAUCGUAUUUGGAAUCCUCUUCGUGGGCCGGAUGUUUGGUGGCUCGCUUUGGGCUCUCUUCCCCUUGGCUGCCUGCAUUGCAAGUGGUGUGUGGCUCUGGGUACAAGAAGUCAUUCGGAGUGGCCGAGAGAUGGAAUGGAGCAGCGAGAAACUUCGAGGGCAAAUAGCUAUUGCUAAUCUCCUGCCUGAAUCUGUUGAGUGGAUGAAUUCGUUUCUUGGAGUCAUUUGGGGUUUGAUUAACCCGGAAAUGUUGUCGCCUAUUGCCGAUACCAUCGAGGAUAUUAUGCAGGCGUCCGCUCCUAGCGUGGUUGAGAACGUUCGGAUUGCCGAAAUUGACCAAGGGAACAAUCCCUUACGAAUAUUGAGUCUGCGAGCUCUUCCGGACGAACACGUACAGCACAUCAAGGACAACGUCCGUGAAGAGAAUCUCAAGAAUAAAGACCCUCAAGAAGCCGCCGCUAUGGAGGAGGGCGGCAGUUAUUAUAAUAUAGAAGCUUCCUUUGCUUACCACGCAAAGCCGACCGGCCAAACCGCUUCGUCCAAAGCACGUAACAUGCAUAUGCAGUUGGUCUUUUAUCUGGGUAUCAGAGGCCUUUUCGGGGUUCCUUUCCCGGUUUUUGUGGAGUUGAUUGAGAUGGUGGGCACUGUCCGGAUCAGAUUUCAGUUGAUGCCCGAAGCACCCUUUAUGAAGGAUAUGACUUUCAGUCUUGUGGGAAUUCCUCAUGUCAGAGCCGGAUGUAUGCCGAUGUUCAAAGCUGGCGUCAAUAUUUUGAACCUCCCUCUUAUCUCGAAUUUCGUCAACUAUGCCAUUGGUACGGCGUGCGGUCUCUUUGCGGCUCCCAAAUCGAUGACAAUGGACCUCAGUAUGAUACUCAAAGGCGACGAUAUUAUCAAGGAGACUCAAGCUUUGGGUAUCAUGUGGGUUCGUAUUCACCGUGCAAUUGGGCUAAGCAAGCAAGAUAGACGUGGCAGCUACGGUGGUGGUAGCGACCCAUACAUAAAUCUUUCUUUCUCAAAGUACGGCAAGCCUAUGUAUUGUACAAGGGUGAUCACAGACGACUUGAAUCCAGUUUGGGAAGAAACUGCAGCACUACUUGUGAAUCCGGAACUUAUCAGUGCGGACGAGAAUCUAAGUGUUGAGCUAUGGGAUUCAGACCGCAACACAGCAGAUGAUAUUGUUGGUAAGGUUGAGCUGCCGAUCCGUGAGAUGAUCCAACAUCCAGCGCGGAUGUAUCCCCAAGUAUCUAAGCUGCAGGGUCUCAACGAGGGCAGCGAGAUGCCCGGUGAGCUACACUGGGAAGUCGGCUUUUUUGGAAAACCGAAACUGAGGCCAGAGCUAAGGACUGACGGCAAAAAGAAAGACUUACCCGAGAACCUCAGGGAUAACCCUCAAUUUCAAGAUGAUAAAGGAGUCAUCACCAAUGAGGAGGAGGAUGCUGUCACUCACACGCCACCGGACCCGCUCUGGCCUAGUGGCAUUCUUAGUAUUGUGGUUCAUCAAAUUGUGAACCUGCAACUUGCAAAUAUCAAGGGUAGCCGGUAUCGAAAAGGAAGAGAAUAUGAACCGGCGAAGCCAUAUGGAGAGAAUACGGAAGAAGAGGGAGGAGACCUGCCAACCAGCUAUUGCAAGAUUAUCUUAAAUGAUCAGCUGGUCUAUCGUACCCGGCCGAAAGCUGUCAGCUCAAAGCCUAUAUUCAACGCAGGCACGGAGCGAUUUGUUCGAGACUGGCGUUCGGCCAUCGUCACCGUGACUGUUAGGGAUCAGCGCUACCGAGAGCAUGAUCCGAUUCUGGGCGUGGUACCUUUAAAGCUAUCAGAAAUCCUCCAGACGAGCUCGCAAGUUACCCGAUGGUACCCUCUUGAUGGCGGCAUUGGAUACGGACGAAUUCGCAUCUCACUACUCUUACGGCAUGUUGAAACCCGGCUACCUCCUAACAUGCUUGGAUGGGAUGUCGGUACGUUUGAGUUCGCCUCGGAUAAAAUCAUCGCGAAGAACUUCAACCAUCGCGCUAAGAUUAAGCUACGGACGGGUGGCAGCAGCGGCAAGAUCCCACGAUACGUGGCUUCAAUCGAAGGGCAGGAUACUUCUUUCAACUUGACUAACGGAUCUCUCCAUAAGAGUAUCCGACUCCCCGUAAAGCAUCGCUACAGAUCUCCAGUUGUAUUCGAGUUCUACUCACCAGGAAAACAUGGCGCUGCAGCCUACGCAGUCCUCUGGCUCCAGCACCUGGUCGACAACGAAGACACUCCCGUCGAUCUACCCCUCUGGUCAACGAAGAACGGAAAGCGACUCACACAGAACUACAUCACAGAAGAAAACUGGGAAGCCAAACGAGAGCCAGGACUGGAAGACCUCCAGAUCAUCGGUCGACUCCAGUUCACAUGUCGCUUCACUCCCGGCAUCGACGAGUCUCAUGAACACUACGUCGUGGACAACCACUCCCGUGAGACCUACGAAACAUGGGAAGCGUGCAUCGCGGAGGGCGUACGGCCCCGAAGCAUCUCCCUCGAGGUCCCAGAAGAAACGGAACAAAUGCAUGAAAGAUCACUAGUCGACGGCCGCGACGUCCUGAAGCACGCCGACCCCAAAGAACGCCGCCAAUGGAUUGACAAACAAGGGCAGGAUUGGAGCGGCGCAUUCGGCAACGACCCUAGCGCAUUCAUGGAUCACGACGGACACAAGGUCGCCGAGCCCGGCCGCGACAAGCCACCGUACUCCGCUGAUGGCCAUUCCGUGGAGGCUGUACACCCCGAAGAAGAGGACGACGAUGACGAGGGCUCCUCCGUCUCCUCAUCCAGCAGGACUGAGACCUCCACAGAGCAACGACUCUCUACUGCGAAUGGCUCUCAGCUCACCUCUACGGAUACUCCACCCUCCACCACCGAAGAUAGUCUCGCUGGCUCAAGUAAGGAGAAUAAGCAUACGAAGAAGGCCAAUCGACGCAGUGAGCAACGACAACAGCGCGGCAUGAUGCAGUGGAAACCGGCUCGUAACGCGGUUUUCGCGCGUGAUGAGGCAAAGUUUGCGCUGCGGAAAGUGAGGAACAGGUUCACUGGCAAUCUGACUGGCCGGGAGCCCGAUAUUGAGACCGAGACUGGUAAUUAA